GUAGACGAUCAAAUUCUCGGGCUGUACUUUCUGAUUCCUGUAGGCGGAAAGGACGCGGAUCGAUUCGUUUGGUCUGAUUUUUAGGUUUGGUUAGUCCGGAAGUCGCGGGUCCGGAGGAGGCGGAUCACAGGGUCUUCCCAGUUCUCUCGCGAUACACUCAUUUAAAGGGGCGUGGCAGGAAGUCCUAUCUACGAUUGUGCAAAAGGUGCAGUGGCGGAAAUGUCUUCGCUAGGUCUGGUGUCGGUGUGCGGCGUGUGCGAAGAGAGGCCGAAGUACCGCUGCCCCGCCUGCCGCGUCCCGUACUGCUCCGUCCCCUGCUACAAGAAGCACAAAGAGCAAUGCAUCUCCAACCCCUCACCUGUUAAGAAAGAUUCGGACAAUCGUUUUGUGAAAACAAAGUUUUUGGAGGACAAAGGUAAUGAUUGGUCUGUAGCUGAUAUCUUAGACAGUGAUGACGAAAAGGAUAGAGUGUCUAUUCGGAAACUGAAGGAUCUGGGGGACUCGAAGGAAUUAAGAAACUUAUUGACCAAUCCCCACCUCCAACAGUUGCUGGUCAGCAUUGACCAGGCAGAAGACAAAGAGACACUUAUGAAAAGCCACAUGCGAGAGCCCUUGUUUGUGGAGUUUGCCGACUGCUGUCUGAGAAUUGUUGACCCUCCUGAGAAAGAAAACACUUUGGAUGUAGAGGGAUGAAUUCCUGCCAGCACAGAGAAGGAACUGGGCAGCCUCUUGGAAAGAGGAAACUGGAGGUUGUCUCCCUACUCUGGAAUUUUGAAUAGAGCCCUAAGCAAGGGAAUAUUCCCUAGAGUAGGAGCUCAGCCUGAGAGGCUGGCUGUAGUGGAGCAGGAAGGCUUGAGACUUUCCAGCCUCUGCUUUUUACCCCACCAGUGAGCAGUGUGCUCAAAUCCAACAGAGAUAGCUUAUCUUGUGAUAAGAAAAGUAUUGGUUGGCAACAUGGACUGGUUUUUAAAAACAUUUUAUUUGUUCAUAGUACAUAUCAAGACAAGCCUAGGAGAGGGGCUUAUUUGGCAGAGUUUGUCUCCCUCUCAUAUGCAUCUGAAUUAAAACAUCCUCAGCUUGGCUCAGCCUGUUCCUGGAUGUGACUUGUAAUAACAUUUAAAUAAAAUGGAAUUGCUGAUUCAUCUUU